AUGGCCAAAGUGAAGAUCCAGAAAGAGACUAAAAAUGGAAAAAGUCACUUGAAAGCUCGAUCAAGCUAUCUACAGCUUGCAUCAGAAUAUCUUCACAAUUUGACCCUUCAAAAUGACCAAACUGCAACUACUGUGACCAGCAAAACAAAUAAUAUCAGCAGCCUUGCAACUGAAAGCCCGGUGAAAAAUGGUGCAAACAUUCAAAUAAACACAAACUCUAGGGUUCUCAAAGAGAGACCUGUCAAAAGAUCCCUGAACAACCUAUCGAGGCUGUAUAUCUCCCAGAUGCGAGGUGUAUCCUUGAAAUCACAGACAAGACUAGAGGUGCCUGUAAAGCGAUCAUUUUGCAAGCGCUGUGAUACCAUAUUAACUCCUGGUAUCAACUGCAUCCAUGAAGUCCAAAAUGCUAGCCGGGAACGCAAAAAGCCAUGGGCUGAUGUACUGGUGAUUCGCUGCCUUGUCUGUGACACUGAGAAGCGAUUUCCUCAGACUGACCGGCGUAGUCAAAAACUCAAGGAUCGCCAAAAGGAGUCAAAUCAAGAAGAUAAGCCCCUUAAAAUAUGA